GAGAAGUUCAAUUCAGCAGCAGAACGCACCGAGGAGGGUUUAGUGUUAAGUCCUCACCGGGACAAAUAUAGCAGUUGUGAGUCUAGCUAGUAAGGUUUGUAAGCUGCUUCCCGCGGCCCUCACAUAACGCAAGAGUUUCCUCACAAGUGGACAGAGGCUCCUCUCUCGACUUCGAGGAUGUUGUUGGCUUCCUGACAGAUCAUCAGUCUCCAGCUUUGUCUGUCGCCUGAAGCCGCAUCCAACCGUGUCACAUGUGUACAGCCAUGAAGGUGGUACUUCAAGAUGCACCGGGCAAUAAGGAGAACAAAGUCUGGAAAUGGUUACUUCCUCCUUCAUGAAGGAUGACUAACAGAAGGGCAAUUCCACCAACAUGUUGAAGGAUGGAUGCCAUAUUCACUUUAUCCAGAUCCUGAAGAAAAAAAAUUCAUGGUGUCGCCCGUGGCAUAUGCACCAUUCCCCACCAUGAUUGCCAAUGCUUCGUGGAUAUCGGCACAUUCAGGACCCCGCCACCCAGCGGCUGACGUGGAACACGCCCCCCAAGAGUGUCCUCGUCAUCAAGAAGAUCCGAGAUGCCGCCCUGCUUCAACCUUUCAAGGAUCUCUGCAUCUUCCUCACGCAGGUCAAAAAUAUGAUUGUGUAUGUGGAAAAGAAGGUUUUGGAAGACCCGGCUAUUUCUGGUGAUGACAACUUUGGGACCCUUGCAAAGAAAUUCUGCACUUUCAGAGAAGAUCUCGACGACAUAUCCAACCGUGUGGACUUCAUCAUCUGUCUUGGCGGGGACGGAACUUUGCUCUAUGCGUCUUCGCUCUUUCAGGACAGCGUUCCACCGGUGAUGGCCUUCCAUCUGGGCUCUCUUGGCUUUCUGACACCUUUCAAGUUUGACACCUAUCAAUCUCAGGUCACCCAAAUUAUUGAAGGUAAUGCAGCCAUAGUGCUGCGAAGUCGAUUGAAAGUUCGCGUGCACCGUGAGAAGGAAAAGAGCAUCAUUCUGACCAACGGCGAAGUGGACGGUAGCCGCAAAGCCGCAAACUAUCAGGUGCUGAAUGAAGUCGUGGUGGACAGAGGCCCCUCCUCCUACCUCUCCAAUGUGGACCUCUUCUUGGACGGACACCUUAUCACCACCGUGCAGGGAGACGGCGUGAUUGUUUCCACGCCUACAGGCAGCACAGCAUAUGCAGUGGCCGCCGGAGCCUCCAUGAUCCACCCCAACGUGCCGGCUAUCAUGAUCACUCCCAUCUGCCCCCACUCCCUCUCUUUCAGACCCAUCGUGGUGCCAGCUGGAGUGGAGUUGAAGAUAAUGCUGUCACAUGAUGCCAGAAACACAGCAUGGGUGUCAUUCGACGGGAGACGCCGUCAGGAGAUCUGUCACGGAGACAGUAUUUCCAUCACAACUUCCUGCUUCCCCGUUCCUUGUAUCUGCUUUCGCAACCCGGUCAACGACUGGUUCGAGAGCCUAGCCCAGUGUUUACACUGGAACGUGAGGAAGAAGCAGAAUCACCUCAGCUCAGAGGACGAUGAGUUCUGAGACCCGUUUUUUUUUUUCUUUAACAGUCACCUUGAGCUUGGGUAACAUUCCCUUUUUGUAACUGUAGUAGUUCUCCACCAGCACCAGUUUUAUGUCACUUUAAAAUGGGACGACAGAAUUUUGAAAAAUGCAAAGCUGUUCCAAUUCUAAAGAGGAUUUUUAGAGUGGACUCGAAUGGCUCCCCGUUAGUGCGGAUCAUCCCUUUUUUUUCUGUCUCAAGGCACCAAAUUCAGAUUUAGGGAUGUUCUUGUGCUAAUGUGCUCAACUUCAAAGGUUAUAAUAAUAUCUCUCAGAAUGUGUGUUUUCCGAUUUUUUUUUUAAUACAUUCUUUCAUUCUUUCUCUGUGAAAGUUUUGCACUUUAGUGGCCAAAUCUCAUGUUGUCACAUCUUUAUGAAUUGGAUGUGUUAGAACAUGAGCCAACAUUGCAAACUGUGCCUUACAUUGACCAUUAACAAUUGAAUGUGUGAGAACAAAACUUUUCCAGGUUUAUACCUUAACUUUUUUGUUUUUUUGGGGGGGGGGGUUUAAAAACAAUCACACCAGUCUAUUGUCUCAGUAGCCAUUCACUAAUGUAGUUUGUUGCUUAUUGUGCACAUCACAUGCAGCCUGUUUUUUGUUUUAUUAUGGGGGGUUUUAUGAUAAAUACAGUCAGGUUUUUGUUUUUUGUGGCCUAACCUAGAUCUUGUCACCGAGGCAACAUUCCUUAUGAAUGUUGCAUUGGAAUGAAAAGACGAGCAAAGAGGACCAACUGAGCUCUUAAACUCAGAAGUACGUACUGUAUAUAUUUGCCGCUUUAAUAAGAUGUAUUUUGUCAAAUGUUUUUAUUCACUUGUUUACAAUGUAUCAAAGGGGAAAAUAAAUCUUUUUGGUACUUUUGUGCUACAUUAA